GGGUUGAUACANCGCUCGAUACAUAAUAACCAAUCGUGGAAUGCAAGCUAUGUAUGAGAAGUUUGCAUCGGCAUCUUUUGGACGAUGUCCAAGGGCAUUCUGUUGUGGACAGCCUGCACUCCCCGUCGGACGGUCGGAUAUGCCUCGCAAUUACACCGUUCAUGUUUUCUGUCCCAUGUGCAGAGAUAUUUUUACGCCAAGAUCCUCGAGGUCUGCUUCUAUCGAUGGAGCAUAUUUUGGGACCACCUUUCCUCACCUCUUCAUGAUGACAUUUCCAGAGCUCAUCCCUCAUCAUGUGUCACAGCCAUUUGUUCCUCGUGUAUUUGGUUUCCGUAUUCACAAGAGUAGUCCUUAUCACGCUGCUAUUGUAACAAGUUCAGGUGCGAUCAAAAGACGCUCAAAAGUUUCACGUCGGGCCAAAGCAUUGUAAGCAGUUUAUAAGUGAGACGCUUUGGAUCCGUUCUGGUUCCCUCGAGACUACUACGCGGGCGCCCCGCAUUCGUUCUUAGCAAUUUACAUUUCGCACAUGUCCAAGAGGAGCGCAGCGUCUUCAGUUGGCACCAGCGCGUGCGGGCAGAGCAGGGAAAGCGACUCGUUUAAAGCCUGGUCUGAUACCUGGCUUCGGCUAGGGCUGGACCUGGGGAACUUAAUGACCCCGUCCCUAUCGUGCCGACCUGUUGGCCGGCAGCAGCUGUACAGAGAGUUUAAUCACGGGUGAUGCUCAGGUGAUGCCCAGCUCCCAACAGGCCACGCAUACGGGCCCGUGCCCAGUGGUUCCCAGCCCCAAUGCGUCUAACCUUGACGCUUGUCAGGGAAGCGCUUGCAGCAGCCCGUGGGUUUGCGCGGAGUGGCGGCGGGUGCAAAAUGGGCACACGUGGGGGGCCGUU